CUGAAGUAACAGCCACGAUGAACACCUACAUAGCUUUGGCUUGCCUUUUGGCCGUCGCUCAUGGCAGCGCCAUUGGCGGUUUGGGCGGAUUGGGAGGAUACGGCCUAGGAUAUGGCUACGGAGCACCCAUCCUGGCAGGACCCGCGAUUUCCACUGCGAACCUAGUGAAAGCCGCUCCCAUCCCCGUCAUCAAAACCGCUAUUGCCCCCGUUGUUACUGCCCCCAUUGUGACUGCCCCCGUCCUCCGCACCGUCAGUGUUGCCGCCCCCAUUAACGUCGGCUACGGGCUUGGAGGCCUAGGCCUUGGCGGGUACGGGCUUGGCGGUUGGGGAGGCCUUGGCGGUCAUGGACUUGGCGGGUGGGGCGGCCUCGGCUGGGGCGGAUGGGGCGUCGGAGGCAAGCACAUCGGCUAAACCUCAGACGAAGUUAAUCUCUGUCUUUAAAACUUAACUCUUCUUCAAUUGGCUCUGCACAGUAAUAAAGCAUUCACUCUUUA